GUAACAAUGGCGGAGAAACCGAGACGUGACAACUUCAAGCAGAGCGUGAUCGACAUUCUCUUCAAGCGCUCCGGCGGGAGGUGCUGCAUGUGCCGGGCCACCACUUUCGGGCCGCACACCGGUCGACACGACAAGUUCCAGAACAUCGGACAGGCGGCACACAUUUCGGCCGCGGCACCCGGGGGACCGCGCUACGACCCGAAGAUGGCCGCCGAGGAGCGAACGAGCGCCAAGAACGGCAUGUGGCUCUGCUCAAACUGCCACUCGCAGAUCGACAGGGACACCGACCGAUUCACGCUUACCGCCCUUCGCAAGAUCAAGAGAGACGCCGAAGACAGGGCGCGGAAGGAAGUGGGCGUGGCAGACGUCCCGAGUGUGGAUAGAGUGGACGAGACGGCAGAGGGGCUCCAGACUUCAGUCAGUGCCACGACCAUAGUCGAGAUACGCAAAGUCAAGUCCUCACUUCUUCGCCUCCACGGACAAAACAUAGCCCGCGAUGACGCAGAAGGAAUUACGGAGGGUCUAACCUUUGUCAAUCUGAAGGUGGAUACCUACCACCCACAAGUAGGGACGGAGCUGCUUGGGUUCUUCUCCGCACUCGCCCCUCGUUGUAACGACGCCGAGAUAAACCUUGAAGUGGUUCGGCAGUUUCAGUCUACGAUGGAGAGAUUCGAUUCCAAGUGGAGCCAGACGGAGGUCACCCUGGUGACAAACACCCUCCACGCCAUGACGACGUCUUUCUCGAAACGCAGCGGAGUCUACCGCUCUGCAGUUGCACUACUCAAAAACAUGUCUCGUAGCAAGAGCCUUGCGUCCAGGAACCUCCACUCGAUUCCACUAGAACGUCUCAAGGAGAUCCAGGGAGGGGGACACAACAAGAAGAGGAAGAAAGCUGGCAACGACGAAAUUGACUAUGAGAAAAAAUUGCUUUGUGGCACCGGGAAACGAGUAGAAGUUGGGGAUGAAUUGAUGGGCGAGGAAGAAGAGGAGGGAGAUGGUGGGACGGAAUUUGUCGACUAUAUGGUAGAGCUGGCCGAGGCAAGCGAAGAAAAUGUAGAACCACUAGAAGGAGCGCUUGAAGAUUUGGGAUACGAGCACGACAUCAUUUGAACACUUCAAGUUUACACUUUCUAUUUUUAUACCGUAGUUUUGUGUGCACUCAACUAAGUUUUAUAGAACAUUUUUGUCCACCCACCUUGGCGUCAAGGUCAGGCAGCAGUGAGUCCAGGUCGGCCAGUUCCUCCUCCAUCUCUCUCCUGUCACUUCUCUCCCCCUUCUUCUCCAUCUCCCCCACC